UCUUUAAAAUCGUUCAGUAUCACCAUCGAAUAAGACAAUGAAACUUCUCGUUAUUAUUUCAACAUUAGUUGGACUGUGUGAAAGUGCCCGCAUUUUGGGGGUUGUACCAACACCUUCCUUCAGCCAUCAAGUGGCCUUCAGACCUUUAUGGAGAGAAUUGGCUAAACGAGGACAUGACUUGGUGGUGAUUACUACUGAUCCGGAAAACGAUCCAACCUUGAACUUGACGGAGAUUGAUAUCAGUUCGGCGUACGAAUUGUGGGAAGAAGCAGAAAUCGUCAGACUCUUAGAAGAACUGAAAUACCAGCCGUUAAAACUCUCGAAUCAUAUAAAAUGGGUAUCUUUCCAAGUGUGCGACCACGAGCUUGGCAAUCCGAAAAUUCAAGCUCUAUUGAAGAACGAAUCUGAAUAUUUUGAUCUUGUUAUAGUGGAGUUCUUACAUCCGAUAAUGCUAGCUUUCGCUGAGAGAUUCCAUUGCCCCCACAUAGGAGUAGCAAGUAUGGAGCUUCCUACAUUCCUCCAUAAUAUUAUUGGAAACCCAGUUCAUCCUAUAGCUCACCCUGACGUGAUGUUACCAUUCGAAGGAGAAUUGACUUUUUUCCAGAGAGUAAUGAGUUGUGUUUUCAAUUUCAUGAUGUAUAUAAAUUCCUUUAUUCCAAUGGAGGAAGAUCAAAUUGUGGAAAGACACUUCGGAAAAAACAUGCCUCCAAUAAGAGAUAUGAUGCUGAAGUUCAGCAUGAUGUUCAUCAAUGUGGAUCCAGCUUUCAACCUGAGACCACUGGGCCCAGCAUUUGUUUCUAUUGGUGGAGGUACGCAUCUUGGAUCUGCGAAGCCCUUGCCAAAGAAUCUUCAGGAAUACAUGGAUGGGGCAGAAUACGGAGUUAUCUAUUUCAGUCUGGGGACUAAUGUUAAAAGCUCGUUAGUUCCACCCGAGAUGCAAAAAUUAUUUUUGGAUACGUUCAAGGAGUUGCCUUAUAGAAUUUUGUGGAAAUUCGAUGAGCACAAUCCACAGGAUGUUCCAGCAAAUGUGAAAAUCAUGAACUGGGUGCCUCAACAAGAUAUUCUGAGACAUUCCAAAGUGAAAGCGUUUAUAACUCAAGGAGGUCUGCAAUCUUUAGAAGAAGCAAUGUUCUCCCAUGUCCCUGUGAUUGGCAUCCCCUUCAUAUAUGACCAAGAGAAAAAUGUUCAUAAAAUGAUGACGAGAGGACUUGGAAUUGAACUUGAUAAAAAUAAGCUCACAAAAGAAUCAUUCAAAGCAGCAAUUCUCGAAGUUAUCAACAAUCCUAGGUAUAAAGAAAAAGCAGUGGAACUCGCGAAAUUGUCCAGAGACCAACCAAUGACUGGUUUAGAAAAAGCAGUGUGGUGGACCGAAUAUGUAUUGAGGCAUAGAGGAGCCCCAAACUUUCGCAAUCCAGUACUGGACAUGCCAUUUUAUCAGUAUUACCUCAUAGAUGUGAUAGGUUUUCUCAUAGGAUUAAUUAUUAUAUUUUGGUUUACUUGUGUAAAAAUAGUCUCUAGUUUCAGGUACAUAUUUGUUAGUUGCCUUCAUUUUUCCACAGUUAAACGGAAAAUUCAAUAACUUUGGUCUUCUGAAAGGACAUGAUUUCAAUUUUGAACGAACUAGUUCAGGCAACUUGUCAAGUUAAUUUUGGCAAUCCUUUAUUCAAUUUUCUUCAGUGAGAAAAUUAUAUUACAACAUGAUUUGUUUUGCAAGUA